AUGCCAAGCCUUUGGGGAUCUGGCUCUGGUGCUGCCAGCCGCUCUACACAGGGCCGCCAGUCCAUAAGGGGCAGGAUAUCGGGGCCAAUUCCAAUACCCAGCCCCGCUGACGACGAGUUUCCCAUCCGAAGCCCAGGCUCCAGCGUUGCAAACGCGGCAGUCGAGGAGGAGUUCCCGAUCCGAAACCCUGGCAGUGGCAUUGCGAGCAUGACGCCGCUACCGGAAGAGACAGACAGCGAGUCACCACACCAGCAACAGGAGCAGCAACGAGAACAGAACCUCCCCCCACCCGACGCAUCAGCAGACUCUGACUCUGUCUCCGUGAGCCCGGCCGACGUUACACAGAGCGGCAGCAAUCCGGACGCGCCAUCACAUCAUCCGCCAGCGCCUCCGUCAGCGAAUUCGUCGGGCCGGGCAAAAACACCUCCACAAAGGAUUUCCCCGCAAAGGAUCUCUCCGCAAAAGAGCUCUCCGCCAAGAAGUUCUCCGCCCAGGCGACGGACUAACCCAGCAAGUAUGCUGAGGUAUUCGAGCGUGAGCGAAGCGCCGAGUGGGAAUACGGGACGGAGUAGAGAUGAAGCGCCGCAAAGGAAGAAGUCGACCCUACGGACGGCCCUCGGGCGGUUGUUUGGACGCAAGAAGAAGCCCGGCGGCAGUCAGACCUCCAGCACGCCCUCGGGGCGCAUGUCUGGCAUGCUAACCUCGUCUCAGCAUCGCAGUGAUCCCUCGGCGUUGAACCGGUGCAAAGACGACGAACCUAAGCGUUCCGCUUCCCUCCCCAUCACCGAGUACGAUCGAGCUCUAAGAUCACACUCAAUCGGGCCCCAGGAUAUGACUGCUAUCGAGACCGUGCGUAGUUCUCUGCAGACGGAGCGUGGCCCAACCCAUCGAAGAGCCGCGACGAUGUCAAGCCGGCUAUUUAGCCAGCCGCGGCGCAAUCCAGGGUGGGUAGGGUUGUCGCCGCGGCCCGCCAGCACGCACGGCCGAGACAGUCGGCUAAUAGCCGGCGGGGAAGAUCCCAGCGAGAUCGGCCGUGCCAUCACAAGCGAUAGUGGGGGCGGCACUCGGCGGCGGUCGAGGAGUCUCUCGGGACUUUAUGACAUUGCCGGAGCCCGCCCGGGACAGCGCCGGCGAAGCGAUGAAAUCCGGUACUGGCGAGAGUCGUACGACCCCGGCUUCUUGUCGCCGCUAUCGUCAACCGGGCCAGAUGAAACGGAGGCCGAUAACGACAAUGCGGGAGUCGCUGGCGCACCCGAGUCGCCCGCCGACAGGCCGCCGAAAACCCCUCCGCAGCCGUUCAAUUUCGGAUCGAUUAGCAAUGAGAUGGCGGGCAUGAAGAUCACACAGGCGGCAAGCAUGGACAGCCGGAUCGGCGGUCUGGAAGCUCGAAUGUUCAAGCUAGAACGGGUGGUGAAUCAGCUCUGCCACUCAGUACCGGGAUUCAAGACGCCGCUGGUGGAGACCCCCCGUAGGGGCGAGCCAUCAUCCAUGGGAGUUACUUCGGAUCCGUCGUCCUUCUUUUACACCACUGCAGCGCCGCCCAUGAUCCCCGCUAUUUACCAGGCCAUCUCGGGCGAGACCAGGGGCUCGUCGCGACACGGCAGUUCCCGCCAGUCGCUUGAGAGUGACUGGCAGUCGCACCUCUCGUUUGGCGAGGCCCAGACCUUCAUCGGGUCGCUGCACCCCCCAUCUUCCUCGGCGACACAGGCCCAGUCACUGACUGCGACCGCUCCCCCGGCGAUCAGUCCAGCGAACCGCCCCACUUCCAACUCGACAAUCCGCGGUGCCGCAAGCCUGCCGACCAUGGGGCGAGACGCGGGUGACGAGAGCGGCGACGCAGCCGGGCUGCUCAAUCAGCUCGAGGCGGAGCGCGUAGCCCGCCAGGCCCUAGAAGCGCAGGUCAAGAAGCUGUCGGAGCGGCUCAACACCCUGUCGACAACCAUGUACGCGAUGGUGCGAGACCCAGCCAGGUCGCGCUCGCAGGAGCACCUGCGGCCCCCGGCCCCGGCGCUGCAGCAGUCGAGGUCGGCGUCGGGCCCGCUCGUGUCCCCGAUGCACACGCCGCUCAAGGCGCGCUCGGCAUUCGAAGGAGACGACGACAGCGAGACGGAUAAGGGACCGGUCCAGAGAGGUGCCGGCGAGGACGAGCAGGAGGAGGACUUCCAGACCCCGCGGCCUCACUACGGCGCCUUUGGAGAGGAGCUGAGGGAGGAUGACGGCGACGAAGACGACCCCAAGAGGAAGAAGGCGGCGCGGACGCUUAGCCUCAGCCAGCUGACGUUGGGCAGGGGUGCGCAGUUGCAGAUAUGA